AUGAGCGAAAACGGGCCAUUUAUUUCUAAACCGGCCCGGGGCUGGCUUCAUCCCGACUCAGUAUUAGCUAGCGAUGGAAUAACGUAUGCAGUUCGGUAUAUUGGAUGCAUGGAAGUUCUCACUUCUAUGAAAAAACUAGAUUUUGAAACAAGAUCACAAGUAGCAAAGGAAUGCAUAGCUAGAGUAUGUGCGGCUGCAGGUCUACGAUCUGCAGACAAAAAGAGAAGAGUUGGCCAAGCAGCCGCUAAUGCACUUGCUGCAAGACCUAGAAUGUCUCACUCUGGUUCCAAUGUAGCACUUACAGUCUCCUCAAGGGCUAUUACGUUAGCAGCAUUAGAGGGGGGUGAAACAAUUGCACGGCAUGAUAUGCCACGUGUCUCCUUUGCCUCAGGAGGUGACCAGGAUUCGUUAGAUUUUGUGGCGUACGUAGCGAAGUCCGCGCCGCCGGCAGAGUGGCGCGCGUGCUACGUGCUGGAGUGCGGCGGCCGCCUCGCGCAGGACGUCAUAGCGACCAUCGGGCAGGCAUUCGAGUUGCGCUUCAAGGAAUUCCUAACGAAACCCACCUCGUUGAACAUAAACGGAUCUCGUGGGCUGUGCGGCGCGGGCGCGGGCGUCGUCGGGGGCGAAGCGCCGGAGGACCGCGAGUACUAUAACGACAUGCCCGACAAAACCCCGCCUGAACACUCGCACCGGCACCCGCCGCCGCCGCCACUCGGCACACUCGCUCCUAUAUCGUCAUGCGAGGAGAGCGUGCGGCACUACGUGAACCAGACGCCGCCGCCGCGCACGCCGCCCACCGCGCUGCUGCCCACACACAACACCGACAUAUUCGACAUGCAGCCGUUCACGUCGCCGGAGUGCGCGGGCGCGUCGUCGCCGUCGGAGGAGCCGGCGGCGCUGCCGGCCGCGGCGCAGGCGGCGCUGCUGGCGCGCGAGCCCUGGUACCACGGCGCCAUCUCGCGCAGUGCCGCGGAACGGCUGGUGACGGAGGACGGCGAGUUCCUGGUGCGGCAGUCCACGGCGUGCCCCGGCCAGUUCGUGCUCACGGGCGCGCGGCGCGGCGCGCACAAGCACCUGCUGCUCGUCGAUCCUAAUGGAGUGGUGCGAACGAAAGACCGUGUUUUCGAAAGUGUGCCGCACCUCAUCAAGUACCACUGCAGCAACGAGCUGCCCAUCGUCUCCGCCGACUCCGCGCUGCUGCUGCGCCGCCCCGUGCCGCGUUCC